AUGCGGCGAGGUCUGGGCGUCGCUUGUGAUUUUCCCAACACCAGUAAUCAGCUGCAUUCAUUACAUACUUCUGAUUCAAGGUUGUCAAUUUUGCCACGAAGUGUGACAGCUUCUUCUCCACGGGCAAUGGCCAGGGGCAGGGCAACAAGUUCUGGUAGAGAGCGGACGGUAGAGGACGAGUCGCGCACACCAGCUGCGCGUCAGCUUGAAGAUGGUAUUUCAGUCGUAUCUUCAUUUAGCAAGAACGUAGCCAAUGACAUGGUGACCGCUUCGCUCGUCGAUCGCAAUCAAACCUCUUGGGCCGAUGUCAACUCUUGCGCUGCAAACGGAAUUUCCAAGGCCUUAGACCCAAUCUUACCAGACGUACUUCUUGAGCAAUUCCAAUUUCACCGUGCCCCAGCUGGCAUGGCUGACCGCAUCGCAGCGGCUUCGGAGCGCCAUGCCAGCCGUCAGCACGGUGAGGUGUACGGCAUGUACGACAAUCUACCAGCGGUGUAUGCGCUGAAGGCAGUCGCUGCGCCAGCAGCUAUGCGCCUGGAGGGGGUGCCCUUGGCCGGACGACAACUCACACGUCUGUACGACAUGGCUCGCGCUGCGGACGCCGUUGACGUGGGCGCGCUGGCGGGCGUGCCCGCUACCGCUGCGGCGGCGUUGCUGCUGCUGCUGGCGACGGCGCAGCCGCCGCCACACCCCGCCGUCGCGACGACAGCAGGUACUGCAGCAGCGGCGACGGCGGCCGCCGACCGGCCGCCACGGGUUGACGCUGCCGUCGCCUCCUGCAGUACACCUGCCGUACCCGCUGCUCUACUAGCCCGCUACCUGCGCGUAGGAUCUCGCUCACACAAUCCUUUGGACACCGUGCGUGUUAUGUGGGCCUUAUUGCGGCUACAGCUGCCCGGCGCCGGGCCACUGCUACAGCCCCUGGAGCUCGACGGACGAGGCAGCAGCAGCAGCAGCAGUGACGCUGGUAUCGCCGCAGCAGCUACCUGGCCGCCGCCGCCGCCGCCGCCGGCCUCCAGUCCCCCGGAUCCCAUGACCCAGUUGGCGCGCAUCCUGUCGCGCCAACUGCAGAACCGCGACAGGUCGCUCGCCGCGUUGCGCGCUGCACGGCCGGGGGAGCUGUACGGCACAUGGCAGCUUGCCGUACACACAUUGGUACUGCUGCGUGAUCGUGCGCUGGCGAACGAGCGGUCGGCGGCGGCGCUGGCGGAGCUCGACUCGGCAUUGGCCCUUCUGGAAGCGGCCCUCUCGGGAUCAUCAUUAUCAUCAUCAUCAACAUCAAGAACACCUGGAUCCGGAUUGGAUCGAUCUGGGUCGGUCGGAUCUGGAUCUCAGGCGUCAGCGGACUGCUCCAGCGCUUUACCUUUGUGGCCGUCGGCGACGCCGCCGCCGCCGCCGCCGCGGCAGCAGCAGCAGCGGCAAAGUCGCGGGCAGCAACGUCAGGGCAGUUGCGGCGAUGCGGCCGCCGGGGGGUUCCCGUCAACGGCUGACUCGGCGGCGGCGGCGGCGGCCGCCGCACCCGGGAGCGCCGCCGUGGAAGCACUGCAGGAAUUCUUGGAAUUGUCCAGGGAGGUCUCCUCGUCCUCCCGACCGGCGGAAGUGGCCGCCGCCGCCGCCGGCCGUGGCGGUGUUGGUGCCGCCGCCGCCGCCGCCGCCGCCGCCGCCAUCAGUCCCAGCGCUGGCAGCGGUGGCGGCAACGGCGUCCAUGGCCUUGGCUCCAGUCCUGGCUCGGGUUCGAUUCCCGGCUGGGACUUGGUUCCUUCAAGUGAUUCUGAAUGGCGGACUGUGUUGGGGGAUCCGGAGCAGGGGUGGUCCAGCUCGUACCAUUACUGGUACUGCACACACAGCUACCCCGCGUUCCCCCCCGCCGCCGCUAUGCAUGCGGGUGCACUGAUGGCCCGCAACACACCGGGGGAACCCUGCCCCCGGGGCCACAUGUCAUCAGUGUGUAUUACUCCCCCCGUGCGUACGGCACUUCUGCUUAGCACUUGGCCCGAGCUGGGACGUCUUGUGGAGCUGCCGCCGCCGCCGCCGCCGCCCCCACUGAAACCCCGUGAGGUGCCGUCGCCGUCACAGCAGCAGCAGCAGCUGGCGGCAGUAGCGGCCUUUCGCGACCCGCCAGACGGGGAGUGGAAGGUGGUGACGGACGGGGGCACGAGGAAGGCCGUACAGGGGGCAGCUGGCGGCGCGGCUGGGGAAGCGAAAGGAGGUCUCCAGGAGGGCGGCGGGACUGUCGUACAGCGGAGACGCCUCCGGAUCCAUCUGAAGUCGUAUUCGACGCUGCAUUUCCGUACUUUGGAGUUGUUGUACCGAUCUAUCAAGGCCCAGGCGCCAGAUGCGACGCUGCUGGCGGCACUGUCCGUGCCGGAGGCGGCUGCGGCGGCAACGGAGACGGCGGCGGCCGCCAGCAGCAAUACGGACGCUGCCGUACAGGUUGGCGUCGUCGCCGGCGCUCGCGCAGGAGCGAUGGCAUUGGAGCGGCCGCAGCAAAUGCUGCUGAACGCCGUAGCGCUGCCGUACAGUGCUGCGGUGGACAUGGUCUUCACCGACGCCCGCGGUCGCCGGGUGGGGCUCAGCCUCGCACAUCUGGGUGCCAGCCGUCGGGCGCCAGGCGAGAUUGCCGUACUGCAGUACGCUCUGACGGGGUGGCCAGAGGCUGACGUGACGGCAGCGCAGCAGGGCUUUCGAGCCGCGCGCUCCGCGGCGCGUGCUGCCGCCGCCGCGGCGGCGGCGGCGGAGGCAUCACGCGCCCAGAUGCGCGCAGCCGGUGCAGCGCCCACGGCCGCGGCUGCUGCCGCGGCGACGGCGGCGGCCGUUGCAAUGGUGGACGCGGCCGCCGCCGCCGCCGCCGCGGCGGCGGAGGCUGCGAACCAGAGCUGCGCUGAAGGCAGGGAUGCCGUCGGAAGGAUGCGACUCGACGGCGCGACGGCGGCGGCGGCACAGGGCUGCGCAGCGGCCGCCGGUAAGGUACGGCAAGCCUCCACCGUUGCCGCUGCUGCUGCUAACGUCGGAAGCAGCGACCAGGAGGACCUGCCGUACAACCAACGUUACAACCACCAUAACGAUGCUGUUGAUCAUCAUCAUGGAGGUUUUGGAAAGAUAAGGCCCUUCUACAGUAAUGAGAGCGAUAAAAAUGAGUGCAAUGAGGAGGAUUGCUUGAGUCCGGAGGAACGUGUGGCGGCGGAGGCCGCAGCGGCGGCGCUUGAAGCUGACGCCGCCGCCGUCGCGGCGGCGCCGGAUGUCGUGGCAGCGGCCGCCGCCGAAGCCGCGGCCGCCGCGGCAGCGGCUGCCGUUUGUGCAGGCAGCAGGGGCUCUGGCAUCAGCCCGGUGGCGGCGGCAGCAGCGGUGGCGGCGGCACCGCCGCCGCUCCGAAACCGAGACCUAUUGUUGCAGCUGGACGAUCUGGUGGUUCUGGAGCUAGACCACGACUGGUUCCACCUGCGGGAGAGUUAUUACAACCACGUACAGCAACAUGGCAAAUGGGAUCUGAAUGUACGACAGGCAAUCAGCACGGCGAUGUCGUACACGGAAUUACCUUGGGAGGCCCAGCUGGAUAUGGUGUGGCACGUGCUGGCGACAGCCGGCGUGGAGCUGCCCAUUCGCAUUUUCGCCUGA